AUGCGUUUUUUUCACUUGGCGCGUAUUUCAAUCUCCUCGUCUCAAAAACCCAGAAAACCCCUUCAGGUAACUUGCAAGACUUUCGGACGUUUCUGAGCCAGUGGUUGAUCAAUCUAGAAGUGUUUGUGCCUUUUCAGUGUGCAAUUGGAGCAGCCAGACCGGCUCGCAAGCGUCAAUGGUAAUUCAAUUUCGGCCCUCUUCCAGUUUAACCUUUUUUUAAAAAGUUUCAACAAUGAAUCUUAUCUAUAAAAAUUGUAUUAAAAAAAUUAAUUCUUUCAGCUCUUUCCCCAAUGAUCCAAUAAUGUUCGAAGUGUGCUCUUCAAUAAAAGAGGUGCGAGAAGUGAUUGCGAUGUUUUUUCUCACUUUUCUUUUCAGUUCCAUUUCCGUUCCAUUGAAGAUUCAACUGAAGAGAAGCCUGAUGCUGUAAGUAAAGACUUUAGGAAGUUGAAGUCUUCGCUUCUAGACUAUCAGGUUUAAAAUUUUCGGUUUUUCAGUACGUAUUCAUGAACUAAAUUCUCUGUUUCUCAUAAUGCGCAUUUUCUGAUUUUGUAGGAAAGAGUACACGAAGUUUGUUCUACGAGCGAGGGUAAAGUCGAAUGGCGGCAGAAUACGCGCAACACUCACGGCUUGUCGAGGGCUCCGAAGGUUAUGAGGUAGCGAUAAAUCAGUUUUACUAUUGAAAAAUCAGUGAUUUUCCAGACGCUACUAUAACUGCGAAUGGACAAGUCAAGCGUUUUGCAAGUUCCUAGAGAUUCUGGCCCGUUACCCGAGUCUCACUAAUAAUACCAAGAACUCGUUCAAGUUUGAUAUUCUAUAUUUAAUUUCGAAUAAAUGUUUUUGAGAUCGUUUCACAUUUGUGAAGGGCCAGGCCAUUUCAUAGCGGCCCUGGAUCUUCACUUCUGCAGCCAUCAGCCUCAUGUGCACUGGAAGUGGAACGCGAACACGUUGGUGAACUCCAAAAUACUAAUAAAAGUUCCGAUUUCAAGGUUGAACCCUUACCACGAAGGAAACAAGGCCUCGGACAUGUUUCUCAAUGAUUCGUUGAUGAUAGGAAAUUUGCAGAACUGGGUUUUUGGACCCGAAGAUGAUGGCGAUAUUUUUAAGGUGAAAAUCUUUUUUUUUUCGGUUGAACUGGUCGAUUUCAGUUCGACGGGCAAUAUUUACAAGAGUUGAAAGAAAAAAUUGGAACUUUCGACUUGAUCACAGCGGAUGGGAGUUCCUACACACGGGUAUAUAUCUUGGAAUAGUUCGAAAUGAGAAAAAUGAGAUCAGGACGAUCCCGGAAGACAAGAAAGUGAGACUCUUCCUCUGUUGAAAGCUGAAGCAAAUGUCGCUCUCUCACUACUGAAUCAAGGCGGAAAUUUCGUUUUGAAGGUAUUUUUCUUCGGGAAGUUCCUUCAUUUGUCUUUCUUCAGCACUACACUUGUUACAACGAAGAAACUAGGGAAUUUCUCCUAUGGAUUUUAUCUUUUUUCAUGGAUUUUUAUGAUUUUAAGCCGAUGUGCAGUAAAUCCGGAAACUCUGAGGUUUGCCAAUUUUUCAUUUCAAAACUAACUUUUCCGUUUCAGAGAUAUUUAAUAUGUCUCAACUUUAAGGGGAGGCAUUUUGAUUGCAACAAGUUUGCUCGUAGAAUCGACAGUCAUGUUCGUUCGAUCUGUUCAUAUUUAACUGAAUUCUUCUUUCUAGGAACUUUUUCUCUGCGAAUCCUUCUUUACACAGCUCCAAAAAGAAGCCAUUUGGGCUAAUUUAAGACAUUUCCAUUCACCUGCACGGCCUGUAAUUGGAAAUCGUUCCAUUUCAAGCUCUAAUUUAUCAAUAUUGAGGGGCCGAAAAAUGAUGGGAAAUUGAUACGGAUUUUUCUGGAGCGCAUUAAUGCGACAAAGCUCCGACGGACUGUUCGGUAAUAAUUUUUUUUUUGAAGAAGGAUAAUUCAACCUAGGGAGUCGCAACUCAGUAUCGACAUCGAUGCCGAUGGUUCGCCUUGGCAAAAGAGCGUCGAACUUAAUUAUAUAGAAGUCUUGAGAGCAAUCAAAUAGUGUAGAAACGGCCAGAGAUUCUUUUCAUCAGGUUAUUUUUGUCAGAAAUUAAGUUAUUAUUUUUUUUUAGAAUUUACCAGAUGGCGUUCCCAGUAGGUAUGCUUUUUCUAUUGUACUUCUUGGCAACGCCGACUUCUUGCGAAUGUCUCGGAAAGAAUUGAUCGAUCAAAAGGUAAAGGUUGUAUUGGCUUCGGAGAAAUGAAGGAGAUGUACGUAGAUUUUCGUGUUCUCCCCAAAGAAAGAGGACGGCUGUGUCCGCAGUUCUCUCUUCACGUCGCCCGUUCUGCUUCAUUCCGCUACCCUUAUCGAUGACACGGUUGGUCCCUCACAACGAGAAAAAAGAAGCUAG